AUUCAUCAUACCAUUUGUGCACAGUUUUGAUAAUUUGCUCUGGAAUUUUAAGGUAGAUAGUAGUGUACAGUUUAUUGAUUGUGAUAUCAAAAAGUUUUGAGUAUUCUCAAAGUCCUGUGCUGAAAAAUUCCGUUGUAUUCAAAGUCAUCUUAAGGAGUUCUGAGUUGAGAUUAAAGUUCCCGUUCCUGUCGUUAGAAGUUAACUAUGAGUUAUCAGGACGAAGAGGAGCAGAUGAGCUAUCAUGUCGGUUCAUUUCCGAAAGACUUUGGGUAUGGCAAUUUCGACCACGAUGAUGGCGAAUUUCGCUCAGGUGAUGAUAAGCCUCGAAUACUCCUGAUGGGUUUGAGACGCUCAGGGAAAAGCUCAAUACAAAAAGUAGUCUUCCACAAGAUGUCCCCAAAUGAAACACUUUUCCUGGAAUCAACCAACAAAAUCGUUAAAGAUGAUAUAAACAACAGUAGUUUUGUGCAGUUCCAAAUUUGGGACUUUCCAGGACAGAUUGAUUUUUUCGAUCCUAACUUUGACUCGGACAUGAUCUUUGGUGGAUGUGGUGCCUUGGUGUUUGUUAUCGAUGCUCAAGAUGAUUACCUCGAGGCAUUGGCUAAGCUUAACCAAACUGUCACAAAGGCGCAUAAGGUUAAUCCAAUGAUCAAGUUUGAGGUUUUCAUUCACAAAGUAGAUGGUGUCAGUGAUGAUUUUAAAAUGGAAUCACAAAGAGACAUCCACUCUAGAGCUACGGAUGAUUUGGUCGAUGCUGGUUUGGAAACUGUGCAUCUUAGUUUCCAUCUUACAUCGAUUUACGACCAUUCAAUUUUUGAGGCAUUUUCCAAAGUGGUCCAGAAGCUGAUACCUCAAUUGCCCACGCUGGAAAAUCUUCUGAACAUAUUUAUUUCUAAUUCUGGAAUUGAAAAAGCGUUUUUGUUUGAUGUUGUUUCGAAGAUUUAUAUUGCUACAGAUUGCUCCCCGGUUGACAUGCAGAGUUAUGAACUAUGCUGCGAUAUGAUUGAUGUCGUCAUAGACUUAUCUUGCAUAUACGGCUCCAAGGAUGACCCAGAAACACCUGCUUUCGAUAAUCAAAGCUCCAGUUUGAUUAAGAUGAAUAACAGCACGGUGCUCUAUUUACGAGAAGUCAAUAAGUUUUUAGCGCUUGUUUGCAUAAUAAGAGAAGAAAAUUUUUCUCGUCAAGGUGUGAUAGACUACAACUUUCUCUGCUUUAGAGAAGCGAUAACACAAGUCUUUGAACUUCGGAUGAAAAACCAAAAAAUGGAAGCUUCUGAGCUUGGCCAAAGCAAUGAAAUACAAUAUCACGAGUCUACAACGCUAAUAAGUGAUUUAUCACAGAAAGAAGAGCUACAUUUGAAUGAGUCUUCAGUUGCUUAAUCCUGAUACAAAUAAGAUUUAAAAAAGUGUUAUGUUUUAAACCUACCGUAAAGAUUUUUAUU